GCCAUCUUCGCGCUCUUUCGUCCACACUCCGUCCACACACACGCAGACAUGAGCGGAGCCAAAGCCGACAAGGUCUCCGGCGGCUGCGCGGCUCCUUCGCGGGAGCGCAAGUCGGGCGGAGCGGUUCUGAAGAGGCUCCGCUCCCGCAGGAGCCAAGCGGACAGCAGCAGGCCCGUCACGGAGGACGACUUGCGGGCACGGAGCGGACACGUCACGCCGGAGGAUGUGCUCGGACUGCGGGUGGCGACACGAGGCUACCUCUGUAAACCCCAGGACAACAUCUACAACGUCGACUUUGUGCGCUUCAAGAUCCGAGACCUGGACUCAGGAACUGUCCUGUUUGAGAUCGCCAAACCGCCGCAUUCAGAGGAAGACGAGGAAAACCGAGCGGUAGACGCCAUCGCGGGCCGUUUCGUGCGCUACCAGUUCACCCCGGCAUUCCUCCGCCUGAGGACGGUGGGAGCCACGGUGGAGUUCACCGUCGGUAACCGUCCCCUGAACAACUUCCGAAUGAUUGAGCGCCACUACUUCCGAGACCGCCUCCUGAAGACCUUCGACUUUGACUUUGGCUUCUGCAUCCCAAACAGCCGAAAUAGCUGCGAACACAUCUAUGAGUUCCCUCAACUGUCCGAGGGCUUAGUGCGUCAGAUGGUGGAGUGUCCCUACGAGACUCGCUCUGACAGCUUUUAUUUUGUGGACAACAGACUGGUCAUGCACAACAAGGCGGACUACGCUUAUCAGUGAUGUCUGCCUUACACACACACACACACACACACACACGCACACACACACACACACACACACACACACACACACACACACACACACACACACACGCACACACUCUCACACUUAUUUGUACUUGUUACCUUCUUGAGACCUCCGAAAAAUGCCUACCUCUUUGGGACCAUGAGUUGGAAUUUCACAAGAAAAAGGUCACAAUUUCACAAGAAAAACUUGGAAUUUUGGCAGUAUUAUAAUAAAAGUCGUAAUUUUACUCAACGCAAGUCAACAUUUGACAAGAAAUACCGAUCAUCCGUGCAAUAUUAUGAUAAAAGUUGUAAUUUUACUUGACAAAAUUCACAAUUUUAUGAGAAAAAUGUCACAUUUUGGCAAUAUUAUAAUAAUAAUCUGAAUUUUACUCAAAAAAUGUCACUAUUUUACAAGAACAACAACAAAAUUGGCAAUAUUGUGAUAAAAGUCAGAAUUUUAUAUGACAAAUGUCACCGUUUUGCAUUAAAAAAAUAAUAAUUUUGCAUAAAAAAGUAAUAAUUUUACGGGAAAAUAUUGCAAUAUUACAGAAUCAGAAAGAAUGUGAGAAAUUGUUCCCAAUUUUAUAAGAAAAAAGUCGAAAAGACGGCUUUUUAGUAAAAAAAAAAAAAUGUUUGUUUGUAAUUGGUUUUUCAUCUCCAUUAUUUACUUCGUUAUUACAAUUUGUCUCUAUAUACAUUAUUAUUUAUUUUUUAUUAAUUUUGGCCAAAGUGGGUGCAUUUCAAUUUCUUACACACACUUGUUAUUUCAUAUGUUGACCAGAGGGGGAGCACUUUUAAAAGGGACCACCCUCAUUUUGAUUUAUGUCAUCACUUGUUCACACCUCCUCAUAUGGAAGAUACUUUUCCUUCUUCAUGUCUCAAGACGGCUAGAAAUACAAGAACACACACACACACACACAUGCACACACAUGCACACACACAAACACACACACUUUCUUGUAUUUGUUACAUUCUUGAGACCUCCGAUAUUAUAAUAAAAGUCGUAAUUUUACUCAACGCAAGUCAAAAUUUUACAAGAAAAACUGAACAUUUGUGCAAUAUUAUGAUAAAAGUUGGAAUUUUACUCAAUAACAGUCGCAGUUCUACAAGAAAAGCUUAACAUUUUGGCAAUUUUAUGAAAAGAGUCGUAACUUUACUCGACAAAAGUCACGAUUUUAUGAGAAAACUUUAACAUUUUGGCAAUAUUAUUAUAUUUAUCUGAAUUUAAAAAAAAAAAAUCACUAUUUUACAAGAACAACACAAAAAUUGACAAUAUUGCGAUAAAAGUCCGAAUUUUAUAUGACAAAUGUCACCAUUUUGCAUUAAAAAGUAAUAAUUUUAUAUAAAAAAGUAAUAAUUUUAUGAGAAAAUAUUGCUAUAUUACAAAAACAGAAAGAAUAUGAGAAAUUGUUCCCAAUUUUAUAAGAAAAAGUCAAAAAGACUGCUUUUAGUUAAUUUUAUUGUUUGUAAUUGGUUUUUCAUCUUCAUUAUUUACUUCGUUAUUACAGUAUGUCUCUAUAUACAUAUUUAUUUAUUUUAUUUUAUGGCAAUUUUAUGAAAAGAGUCGUAAGUUUACUCGACAAAAGUCACAAUUUUAUGGGAAAACUGUAACAUGUUGGCAAUAUUAUAAUAAUAAUCAGAAUUUUAAUAACAAAAAUUCACUAUUUUACAAGAACACAAAAAUUGGCAAUAUUGUGAUAAAAGUCAGAAUUUUAUAUGACAAAUGUCACCAUUUUGCAUUAAAAAAAAUUAUAAUUUUACUUACAAAAGUAUUAAUUCUACGAGAAAAUAUUGCAAUAUUACAGAAACAGGAAGAAUAUGAGAAAUUGUUUUAUAAGAAAAAAGUCAAAAAGACUGCUUUUAGUUACUUUUAUUGUUUGUAAUUGGUUUUUCAUCUUCAUUAUUUACUUUGUUAUUACAGUAUGUCUCUAUAUACAUAUUUAUUUAUUUUAUUUUAUGGCAAUUUUAUGAAAAAAGUCGUAAUUUUACUCGACAAAAGUCACGAUUUUAUGAGAAAACUGUAACAUUUUGGCAAUAUUAUAAUAAUAGUCGGAAUUUUACUCAAAAAAUGUCACUAUUUUACAAGAACAACACAAAAAUUGGCAAUAUUGUGAUAAAAGUCAGAAUUUUAUAUGACAAAUGUCACCAUUUUGCAUUAAAAAAAAUUAUAAUUUUACAUAAAAAAGUAUUAAUUUUACGAGAAAAUAUUGCAAUAUUACAGAAACAGGAAGAAUAUGAGAAAUUGUUCUCAAUUUUAUAAGAAAUAAGUCAAAAAGACGGCUUUUAGUUACUUUUAUUGUUUGUAAUUGGUUUUUCAUCUUCAUUAUUUACUUCGUUAUUACAGUAUGUCUCUAUAUACAUAUUUAUUUAUUUUAUUUUAUGGCAAUUUUAUGAAAAAAGUCGUAAGUUUACUCGACAAAAGUCACGAUUUUGUGGGAAAACUGUAACAUUUUGGCAAUAUUAUAAUAAUAAUCGGAAUUUUACUCAAAAAAUGUCACUAUUUUACAAGAACAACACAAACAUUGGCAAUAUUGUGAUAAAGGUCAGAAUUUUAUAUGACAAAUGUCACCAUUUUGCAUUAAAAAAAAUUAUAAUUUUACAUAAAAAAAUUAUUAAUUUUACGAGAAAAUAUUGCUAUAUUACAGAAACAGGAAGAAUAUGAGAAAUUGUUCCCAAUUUUAUAAGAAAAAAGUCAAAAAGACUGCUUUUAGUUACUUUUAUUGUUUGUAAUUGGUUUUUCAUCUUCAUUAUUUACUUCAUUAUUACAGUAUGUCUCUAUAAACAUAUUUUUUAUUUUUAUUUUAUGGUAAUUUAUGAAAAGAGUCGUAAGUUUACUCGACAAAAGUCACAAUUUUAUGGGAAAACUGUAACAUUUUGGCAAUAUUAUAAUAUUAAUCGGAAUUUUAAUCAAAAAAUGUCACUAUUUUACAAGAACAACACAAAAAUUGGCAAUAUUGUGAUAAAAGUCAGAAUUUUAUAUGACAAAUGUCACCAUUUUGCAUUAAAAAAAUUAUUAUUUUACAUAAAAAAGUAUUAAUUUUACGAGAAAAUAUUGCUAUAUUACAGAAACAGGAAGAAUAUGAGAAAUUGUUUUAUAAGAAAAAAGUCAAAAAGACUGCUUUUAGUUACUUUUAUUGUUUGUAAUUGUUUUUUCAUCUUCAUUAUUUACUUCGUUAUUACAGUAUGUCUCUAUAUACAUAUUUAUUUAUUUUAUUUUAUGGCAAUUUUAUGAAAAGAGUCGUAAUUUUACUCGACAAAAGUCACGAUUUUAUGAGAAAACUGUAACAUUUUGGCAAUAUUAUAAUAAUAAUCGGAAUUUUACUCAAAAAAUGUCACUAUUUUACAAGAACAACACAAAAAUUGGCAAUAUUGUGAUAAAAGUCAGAAUUUUAUAUGACAAAUGUCACCAUUUUGCAUUAAAAAAAAAAUGUUUACAUACAAAAGUAUUAAUUUUACGAGAAAAUAUUGCAAUAUUACAGAAACAGAAAGAAUAUGAGAAAUUGUUUCCAGUUUUAUAAGAAAAAAGUCAAAAAGACUGCUUUUAGUUACUUUUAUUGUUUGUAAUUGGUUUUUCAUCUUCAUUAUUUACUUCGUUAUUACAGUAUGUCUCUAUAUACAUAUUUAUUUAUUUUAUUUUAUGGCAAUUUUAUGAAAAAAGUCGUAAUUUUACUCGACAAAAGUCACGACUUUAUGGGAAAACUAUAACAUUUUGGCAAUAUUAUAAUAAUAAUCGGAAUUUUACUCAAAAACUGUCACUAUUUUACAAGAACAACACAAACAUUGGCAAUAUUGUGAUAAAGAUCAGAAUUUUAUAUGACAAAUGUCACCAUUUUGCAUUAAAAAAAUAUAUAAUUUUACAUACAAAAGUAUUAAAUUUACGAGAAAAUAUUGCUAUAUUACAGAAACAGGAAGAAUAUGAGAAAUUGUUCCCAGUUUUAUAAGAAAAAAGUCGAAAAGACUGCUUUUAGUUACUUUUAUUGUUUGUAAUUGGUUUUUCAUCUUCAUUAUUUACUUCGUUAUUACAGUAUGUCUCUAUAUACAUAUUUAUUUAUUUUAUUUUAUGGCAAUUUUAUGAAAAAAGUCGUAAUUUUACUCGACAAAAGUCACGAUUUUAUGAGAAAACUGUAACAUUUUGGCAAUAUUAUAAUAAUAAUCAGAAUUUUAAUCAAAAAUGUCACUAUUUUACAAGAACAACACAAACAUUGGCAAUAUUGUGAUAAAAGUCAGAAUUUUAUAUGACAAAUGUCACCAUUUUGCAUUAAAAAAAAUUAUAAUUUUACAUAAAAAAGUAUUAAUUUUACGAGAAAAUAUUGCUAUAUUACGGAAACAGGAAGAAUAUGAGAAAUUGUUUUAUAAGAAAAAAGUCAAAAAGAUUGCUUUUAGUUACUUUUAUUGUUUGUAAUUGGUUUUUCAUCUUCAUUAUUUACUUCGUUAUUACAGUAUGUCUCUAUAUACAUAUUUAUUUAUUUUAUUUUAUGGCAAUUUUAUGAAAAAAGUCGUAAUUUUACUCGACAAAAGUCACGAUUUUAUGAGAAAACUGUAACAUUUUGGCAAUAUUAUAAUAAUAAUCUGAAUUUUACUCAAAAAAUGUCACUAUUUUACAAGAACAACACAAACAUUGGCAAUAUUGUUGUAAAGGUCAGAAUUUUAUAUGACAAAUGUCACCAUUUUGCAUUAAAAAAAAUUAUAAUUUUACAUACAAAAGUAUUAAUUUUACGAGAAAAUAUUGCUAUGUUACAGAAACAGGAAGAAUAUGAGGAAUUGUUUUAUAAGAAAAAAGUCAAAAAACUGCUUUAGUUACUUUUAUUGUUUGUAAUUGGUUUUUCAUCUUCAUUAUUUACUUCGUUAUUACAGUAUGUCUCUAUAUACAUAUUUAUUUAUUUUAUUUUAUGGCAAUUUUAUGAAAAAAGUCGUAAUUUUACUCGACAAAAGUCACGAUUUUAUGAGAAAACUGUAACAUUUUGGCAAUAUUAUAAUAAUAAUCGGAAUUUUACUCAAAAAAUGUCACUAUUUUACAAGAACAACACAAAAAUUGGCAAUAUUGUGAUAAAGGUCAGAAUUUUAUAUGACAAAUGUCACCAUUUUGCAUUAAAAAAAUGAUAAUUUUACAUAAAAAAGUAUUAAUUUUACGAGAAAAUAUUGCUAUAUUACAGAAACAGGAAGAAUAUGAGAAAUUGUUUUAUAAGAAAAAAGUCAAAAAGACUGCUUUUAGUUACUUUUAUUGUUUGUAAUUGGUUUUUCAUCUUCAUUAUUUACUUUGUUAUUACAGUAUGUCUCUAUAUACAUAUUUAUUUAUUUUAUUUUAUGGCAAUUUUAUGAAAAGAGUCGUAAGUUUACUCGACAAAAGUCACGAUUUUAUGGGAAAACUGUAACAUUUUGGCAAUAUUAUAAUAAUAAUCGGAAUUUUACUCAAAAAAUGUCACUAUUUUACAAGAACAACACAAAAAUUGGCAAUAUUGUGAUAAAAGUCAGAAUUUAAUGUGACAAAUGUCACCAUUUUGCAUUAAAAAAAAUGAUAAUUUUACAUAAAAAAGUAUUAAUUUUACGAGAAAAUAUUGCUAUAUUACAGAAACAGGAAGAAUAUGAGAAAUUGUUCUCAAUUUUAUAAGAAAAAAGUCGAAAAGACGGCUUUUAGUUACUUUUAUUGUUUGUAAUUGGUUUUUCAUCUUCAUUAUUUACUUCGUUAUUACAGUAUGUCUCUAUAAACAUAUAUUUUAUUUUUAUUUUAUGGCAAUUUUAUGAAAAGAGUCGUAACUUUACUCGACAAAAGUCACAAUUUUAUGGGAAAACUGUAACAUUUU